UACUAUCAUCCGCCAGAUACGCCUGGGAAACCUACAUGGGUUGGUUGGACUAAGGUGCGCUAUCCAAGACGCAGGCGUACCUAAAAAAAAGUUUCCCAUUAAUUUCAGCUGAUGCGGCGGAGCUUAUACGGUGCUCACUCAGGCCACCACAUGGGGUACCAGAGUCCACUCUCACCACAAUCCAGGCAAGGUAUCCAAAGAUAUACUGGGGGUAUUACUAGACUGCCAUUUUUGAGACCCAGACUGGGAGAAUACGGCACCUUUACCUUUUUAUUUCCACAUGUCUUUGAGCAUAUUGCAUAUUUACCGACCCCGGAGGCUGAAAUAUUUUUUCGAGGCGGGACAGAUCGGUUAUCCCUUCUAGUAGGUGUCGAUCGUCUCGGCAGGGAAUACCAUCGGAAGAUGCGGACAAGGAUCAUGUAUCAAUAACUAAAUUUGAGAUAGUGGGCUGCAGCAGAUACCCAGGAAAGUCUAUGAGAUAAACAGCCAGUUUUAUUCUAGAUCU